AUGAAGGUACUACCAAGUGGUGUUAGUAGAGGUCUAUUUUGCUGUCCUUCUGGCUGGUUUGGCGAUCAGUGUAAGUACAAAUGUCAUUGCUUCAACGACACAUGUGAUGCCACAGGCGAGUGUAGUGAGGCAAACACAUGUGUGGGUGGAUGGUUUGGCCCCGCCUGCCAGUACGUAUAUUCCUUACAACAUCAGAAAAAUAGUCACGGGAGUUUGUUGAACUGUGUCUGCCAACUUAUAAUAGGGUAUGGUCGUAAGUCAACAAUCAUUACACUGCAAGUCUGGAUAAAUGAGGAUACUCUCUUUUUUUCAGAACUGACUUCUAUUUAUAAGUAUUGGUCAUUUGUUGUGCUGUCAUGUGAUGAGUCCUUUCUUCCUGUCAUGGUUACUCAAACGACUUUUCAAAUUUUCGGUCAAAAAAAUGUAUUUAUGUUUUAA